AUGGCGCGAGAUUUCACCAAAGACGAGUCUGAAAGAGCAUCAAGCGAGUUUCUGAUUGAUGAGAAUUUCCCGCGCAAGAAAACGAAAAGAUGGUCUCAACGCCCAUUUCGACACUUCUGUAUAGUGCUCGGUCUCUUGGUCGGUGUUUUUGAGCUGGUCGUCUUGGAGACAUUUUUUGUGCAUAUCAGCUGGCAGAGCAAAUCACCGUCCGCUUUGGGUGAAUUGAACGCUCUAGUUCCAAAUUUUCCCAUUCAUCCAGUGCUCUUUCGACACGACCCAAUGGCUACAAUUGGGCGAAAUGAUGAAAAUUCCAGAAAUGCGACGCAAGAAAAUUGGUUGUCGUAUAUUCCAAGGGGAAAUGGGUUCAUUGCUGUGAACAACGCAGAGAAAUACACUCUGCCUGAUCCCAUCCCGUUCCGAGGCAAAAGCGCGUACUCCAUAGCUGUAUUCCAUCAAAUACAUUGUCUGCAUGCCAUCAUGAACGUUUUCAACGAGCUCACGCGUCCUGCUUCAAAGCAUGCCAGAGAUUCGGACCGUGGCCAUGACGGCCACAUGGAUUCUCAUGCGCAUCGGCACAUUGACCACUGCUUCAGGUAUUUACGGCAGUCCCUCGUAUGCUGUGGGGACACCGCAUUGGAAGGACAAGACCCCAAUACAAAAGCGGCUGGGACGGAUGGGACUGGGGCGGUCCACAUGUGCAGAGACUUUGAUGGGAUUAGGGCAUGGGCUGAGGAGCAUCGAAUUGUUGACACCAAACACUUAUGA